AUGCAAAAAACUUGCGUUCGAUUUAAAGAGAGGAGCGGGGAACCAGACUACGUGUACAUCAAGUACGAAUUUUUACAAAGAUAUUCUCAUUCACAUCUCGGGAGAAAAGGCGGCAAGCAAACUUUAAAUGUUCACGGUGAAGCCUUUGACAAAAGAACGGUCCUGCAUGAGUUGGGGCAUGUCUUAGGUUUGGAGGAUGAGCAUCGACGACCAGAUCGUGACCACUAUAUCAAGGUUUUAUGGGACAACCUUGCAGCGGGAAUGUUCGAUUCCUUCCAGCCUGCCGACAGAGAGAAAACGAAUUUAUUGGGAGAGCCUUUUGAUUAUGACUCUAUUAUGAUGUACGAUGACACUUCCGGAUCCUACGAUCCUGAAAAUUUAAAAACUCUGGUGUCAAAAACGAAACAUCCUGUGCCUACUAAACUCACUACGCAACUGUCUCCUGGUGAUAUUAGAAGAAUCAACGACCUUUACCGGUGUGAGGGAAUAGAUCAAAAGCCAAAAUUCCCAUUUGAUGUCGCUUGUUCCUUUGAGGAUAAUGACUGCGGCUUCAAAGGGCUGAUGUGCUUUGAACGUGAUCAAAGUGUUUGGGAAUGGAAAAAGAAACCAUAUCGAGGGUAUAAACAGCCAGAGCCCGAUGGAGGAUACCUGAUUUGGUCUGUGAAGCCCGUUGAAAAAUUGACGACUGAGGAUAAUACUUGGAGCGUGGGUUUCUAUGGAACAAGCCCUAACCACAGCAUUCGCGGCCAAGAGGGAUGUGUCACAUUCAAGUACUCGUUCAAUACUAGCAGAAAGGGACGCCACACGCUCAAGGUUAGCAGAUAA